CCAAAAGUUGUUUGGCCUUCUGGAGGCAGCCUCCAAUGUGCCAGGUCGAGAUCCCUUUUAUUGUGAGAACUUUUGACACAUCGCAGUCGGCCUCUAUAAAUGGCGCCUAUCACAAGAUCUUCCGUCCAUGGAAGGCAGUCCCAGCUGGACAACCACGAGACCUUCGAAGAGUCACAUAUACCUGAUGAAGACCAAGAGAUGGACGACCAAGACGAAGAAGUGCCGGCUCACGAAGGUGCGACGAACAAAAACAAGUUUCUUAUUACUUCGCAAAACAUCAUGGACUCCCCCAGUUUCGAGACGCAGUCAGGAGCCAACAUGCUAAUCGACACUUUAGAUACCCGGUCACCCUUCAGAUCUUCAGCGCAGGAAAUGCUUCGCCCUCUUCAAGAUACCGCCGAUCGAGUGAGCAGGCAAGUCGAGGAGUUUGCAAAAGCUCUAGACAGAUUUGUUUCUCAUCGAGACGUCGCCGACAACUCUCUCUGGGAAGAUGCCUUGGUACUGCUAGAACGAUACAGCAAGAUUGCGGACAUCCGAAAAUCAAAGACGCCUGCGGAGGAAUUGGUCGGAGAUCUGGAAAAGAUACAGCUCGAAUCAGAUUUGUGGAUUUUGGUUAGGAACCUACUAUACUGCAAAUCUCCAGUCUCCCUCAAUGAUGCGCAGAUUGCCCAAGAAUCGAGGUUGGGUGGACUACAUCGCUAUUCUACCAACGUCGAACUCUGGACUGCAUUCCUUGACUCUGAUGCUGCGGCACAGGAGUACGAAAACAUCCUGGCGUGGUUACAAGAAAGAGCUGCCGAGACGUCCCCUCCCAUUGAAGACAGCACGCGCAGUCUAGCCGAGAAAUCAGAACGUGGGGAUGGCAUUUGGAGUGCUGGACCUAUCUUCACACAGACUGCAGUUAAGCAGCAGAAACGGACCCGAGUAUGGUCAAUCCCGUUGGAACCUUCAAACCCUGGAUUAAACCGGACCCACGUUCGCAAGGUCGACCAGAAACCCCUCGUCGCUCAGCUAGAUCCUGACGCCCCAACCAGGGAGUCGGCUGUACUUCAAGAACAGGAUGAGUUCCACGACCAGGCAGCCUGGCAGACAUACUGGGAAAUGCUCCGCAGAGGAUACCCUAAUAGCCAGAUUCAAUCGUGGUUCGCGGAACGAAAAGAAGUCUGGAGAUAUACAACCCUUUGCGGAUGUGGUCCACAUGCUGAUCAAAUGAUCAACUCCCCCUGGCUGCGUAUUCUGAAUUUUGCCUCAAAUUCUGAAUGGUUAGAGCGCUGUGAGGCACUGGCUCAAAAUCCCGUCAUCCAAGAUCAAUUUCAGAAGGCCACUUACGGGGUCCUCUGCGGUGAUGUUGGGGCUUCCCGGUCUGCAUGUAGGUCGAUUGAUGACAACCUUUUCUCCAUUUUCAAUUCCCUCCUUAUCCGGCGAUAUCGAAUCUAUCUUCAAGCCUACAGAAAGAGAUUGACGGACACGGCCGCCACUGAGUACCGACCCCCGCCACCAUCAACCGCCGAGAUCCAGCAAUAUGUCGCCCUUGCUCAGUCAAAUCCAACGACGAGGGAUGAAUCUCACCAGCCGCACAAGCUGCUGGAACUAACCAUUAUGUCGAAGGACUUUAACCACUUCUUUGUGAACAUGGGCAGGGCUGCCGCCAGCGUCGCACAUACCACAGGCCAAGGAUCACAUCUCAUGACCAGAGGCCAAAACGAAGGAACUGAAGUUGCCAUGUUGAAUGCUCAGGACCAAGACAGUGUCCGUAUGAUUGCGCAUCUUCAAUUGGUAUUACGCUCUCUAGGCUUAUUACAACCUUCGUACGCGGAACACGAAUACGAACUCGAAAACAACAUCGCCGCCUAUAUCGGAUUGUUAGAAAACUGGGGCAAAUGGCUUCUGAUUCCUCUUUACGCGUCCAAGCUAUCCAAGAAGAGAAGCUAUCAUGUUCUGGGAGCUAUUUUGAUCAACGUCACAGAUCGCCGCGAAAGAGAUCUACAAGUAAAGCUGAUGAAGCAAUACAGCAUCAAUGUCUCGGAAGUCACCUACGGGCUUUUCUCUCUCGCCAAUUACUCGGAUCUCCAGAAACUUCGAAAGUAUAAACAUGGUCCGAUAUCUGCCCGAGUCACAGUUAUGGGUGGUUCAGGCAAAUUAGCACAGCACAAGGUUCGGCCUAGCUUGAUGACUGGCGAGGUCACUGAGGCAGAUGAGAAGGCUGUCAGGAGCGUGGAGUGGAUUCGAUACGUUGAUGCUGAAAACUGGGGAGCAGCUGCGUGGUCUGUUGCAGUGCUCUACAAAGUCUUCUUGGUCGAAGGAAGAUUCAUCGCCAUGCGUCAACUACUUGAUCGUGUUCGUCUCUCAGAUAUGUCACUCGCAGCCUUGGCGAUGAACCUCUGUUUUGCGGACGCAGAUCCACCGGCAGGCACUGUUGAAAGCGAGGUAGAGGAGUUGGAUGAAGAUCAAGUGACUCCCAUGAGCAGCCCGACGAGGAAGAGAAAGGCAGCUAACUCAGACCAUCCUUUGACGAGAGCCGGGACCGAUCGACAAACGCUGGCGUUGAAAUCACUGAUCUGGAAACACCUGGAACAACUUGUGGCUGCCAUUGAUGCCUUGGACGUCUUUCAGGAAGUAGCAGAUAGUCUCGAACAACACCGAACCAACCCGUCAGUUGCGCGAAAUUACAAGCGCGAGCUGAAGCGCGCUCUUGAGGAAGUUCGACAGGCUAUGCUACCACUAUUCGACAACGAUUUUCUUUGCCAGCCUCAAGAUGAAAUGGAGGCUGUGGUCCUGAACGAUAUACGCAACCACUACAUCCCCGAGUGUAUUCUCGCGUACAAUAGCGCGUUAUGGUUUGCAGGUCACUUCACUUCUCGUGCAUGGCUCGUUGAAUGCAUGACCCUGGCCCAGGUGGUUGCGGAGACUCCCAUGCUAACCAACGCCUUUGUGGAAAGCGGAAGAAUGAAGGAACUGGUGCGUGCCUUUGCGGUUGACAGCCAGGCUCUCCUACAAGCAACAGAGCAAGGUGCUGCUGGUGGCGCUGGUGGCAGUGCGAACCGGGCGAAGAAGAUCAAGACGGACAAAGGAAAUGCGGAUAUCUGGAAGGUGUCCUGGAAAGAACAGAAUGGGCCACUGGAUUUCGAGGCAAUGGAUUGAGCACAGUGCGAGAUGAGCGCCCUAUGUACGAGUACGCGGCGUUUACCAUAAAAACCUUAGGAUGAUGGGCGAUGGAGAAUAUCGUCUUGGAUCGAGGGAACAAAGGCUUGGUUACGAAGCACAGCGGGAUGUCUCUCAUGGGAGCAUCUGUUUGUAUGACUGUCACCUGGGAACUGUCUUGUUCAUUGUCAACAGCUCUCGCUGAAAUUUAAAACCCCCUAUCCUCUAGUAUGGCUGAUUGUCUGAGGCUGAUGGAUCAAGCGCUCAAGUUGUUAUUGACAGGAGUCGAAAUUUCCC